AUUUAUCGGCUCCUUGUGUGUCAAUAAAUCACCGAAUGCGACAUCAUACUUUUCUCGCAGACGCAUGGCGUUUUUUUGAGCCAAGAGAACAGAAAUGUCAAAUGAAACAAAAUGCGUUGAAUACAUAACAGAAAGCAAAGGAAUUGACAAAAAUAAAUACAACUCUUGCGGUGAACUCAUCAAUCGGAUAGAAGCAAACGACCAUUCUACCAUGAGAGAGAUCUCGUCCUCUUUCUCCGUUGUACUGCUGUCACCUUCUACGACGUCGCGAGAUCCCGACGGCAUCAAUCUGCCCGAAGAUUAUGGAACGCAGUUGGAACCAUCUGGUACCAUUUCUGACGAAAUCAAUGAUUUGAAGGGAACGAGCCCUUUAGGAACCAAUGAUGGUCAAAUGAUGUUCGAUAUGAAGAAAAUUAUUGGUCUGCCCCCUCCACCACCAAAAUCCAAGCCUCCUAAGAAGGAAAAAGUCCGUAGAAGCAUCAAUAAUAAACCACCUAAUUCACCGAGUUUGACAGUUGGAUCGAGUACCAAGCAAAAGGAAUCAACCGCUGUUCAAAAAACUCGCGAUGCAAAUUUUACGAUCUCAAAACCUGCGGCCCGAUUCACAUCAUCCUCACUCAGAGCUCAGAAUAUUGUAGAGGAGAGACACCAAUUUAACGAUGUCAUUGUGCCAGAUGAAUCAAAUCCAGGCGAGAAAGAUCUCAAAAUGGAAUCAUUAGGUGAGAUGACUGUGACAAAACCACGUAUCGAGUCCUUAGAGGGAAAGAAAAGUGAUGCAAAACAACAGAAACGAGCGAAGAAACGUGGCUUCUUUAAGAAAAUGUUCGGUGGGAGUAAAAGCCCCGAAAAUACUCAGUCUGGGAAAGAUAAAAUUAUUCCCUCAGUGGAAUCAGUAGCUGUUGAUCAACCAAAGCCAACGACUAAUGAUCCUCUGCCAACAACCUUGCGGAAGAUAAACGAAGCAACGUCGUCCGUGCCAUCAUCUAGAUCAUCUUUAGAAGUCACCAAGGAAAGAAAUCUGCUCAAGAACAAUUUUUCCUUCGAUGCUGAUGACGUGAAAUCUUUGAAAAUGGAGGAGUCUGUCAGUGCUAUCUCCGAAGAAUCACGAAGAAAAUUUCAAGAAUUUUCGCUAGAUCCUCCAGAUGAUGAUAAUGGCGAUCCGCCAGAAUUUUCUGGUCGACCUCUUGGCUCGCCCAUGUAUAUGGAUACAACAAUUAAUGACGAAGAGGAGCAGAUGCGACUUGACACUGUUCGAUCGCGUAUCGCUGAGGUAUACGGUGAUCACGAGCAGCAGUUAACUAUUGAAUCUGCAGAUGCUGAUCUCGCGAAGUCAUUGGAAGAAGAAUGUCUUCGAGUUGAAACAAGUGAAAGCCGCUGUAUGGACCCUGCUGGUGCAUCCCCUAUUGAACAGUACACACGGGGAAAACAUGUUGUGGGAUUGGACUCUGGUGAUCCGCAAGGAGAUACACCAAAAGCGAGACAAAACUCGAGAAUCUUGUCUAACGACCCUGCCGGUGUAUCACUGUGUCAUGGAUCGACGACACCGAAGUAUUCACUCAAGCCUGAGAUUCUCAGUCCUAAUGUCUCCAUCUCUGAUAGCAUCUCGGAAUCAAAUUUUGAAGGGAAGGCGAUUGACGAAGAAGCUCAGCAGUCGAUAAUUGCUUCAGAGGAUCAUUUGAAGAAUCAGGAACCAAAUCAUCCCAUGACAGAAAUAGUGGAGGGUCCAGUAGAUUCGGAUACCAUAUUAUUCCAGAAAGACACAGAUUUUACAGGGAAGGCAGAGAUCGAUUCUUUGGUGCCGGGAAAGGAAAAGCAAUCUAUGAUCACUCCCCCAGACCGGUCAAACCCCGAUGGACAUCCUCGAUCGUCAAAAAUGCAAUCACUCUCUAGUGUGGUGUUGAAGAAAAAUGACGAAAAUAAAGAAAAUCUAAUUGCAAUUGAAAAGUCUGGAUUCAAAUCGGUUACCAACAUUGCAGCAGAUUUGACUGUAUCAGCUGCAGCUUUUACCAAUGCCAAAGCAAUUGCAUACAUCCACCAAUUACAAGGAGAGCCAUCGCCCAGACAUACGUACCACGCCAAUCAUUCAAUCGCGCCACCACUUUUGGAGAAUCCGGCUGCUCUUGCAAAAAUAAGGGCAUUUUGCGCCAAAAAGAAGAAAGGAAUUCGCGCUGAAAAGCAGGCAACAAGCAAAUGUCCAUCACCCAAUGAGUAUAGUGCUGCGAACGCCAAGAUCCAAGAAGAAUUGAAAGGACCUCAGAAGAGAAAUUACGUGACCCACGAUCCAAAGAAAAAAUUUGCACCGUACUCGAGGUUCCAAGGUCGGCGUCCACGAAGGAAAAAAAAUGAAAAUGACCUCGAAUUUUCCACUGAUGAUUCGCUACAGCAACUAUCUCCCAAGCCCAACGACACUCAAUUCCACAUUGACCUCUCCAUUGUUGUUCCAGGAAACAACAUAGCUACAAUGGCCGUAUCAAGAGGUCUCGAACUAAGAAAAAAGAGUCCCGAAAGAUCUGGUGAAGACAAAAGUUCAAAGAUGAUGGUUGAAAGGUCUCGGUUCAACUUCUUCCCUGCGCAUGAAUCCGAGAUCAAAAACCCAAUUCAACGAGCUGGACGAAGAUUGCUCUCGAAGUCUGCUGUUCCAAUUCAAGCCAAAUUUAGAAUGUACCUCUGCAGGAGAGAAGCAUUGGCCAGAAUGUGGGGAAUUAUUCGGAUCCAGUCUUACUUUCGUCGCUGGAAGUGCGAGGGCAAUCUCCGUGCUCAUAAAAACGCUGUGUUGCUCGUGCAAAAGAUUAUCCGUGGACACAAACAUCGCGAACAAAUGAAGGUUAAGGCCGCAUGUGCGACUUCAAUACAAAAAAUUGUACGCGGAUAUUUGGCUGCUCUUCAGGCAUACGAGACGAUUUAUUUCGUUACCCGCGCACAAGCUGUGGCCAGGGGAUACCUUACAAGGACUUUCGUCGCUCGUCGAAACAAGGCCGUGUUGACUCUCCAAGCGUUUUUUUUAAAUGCACUCAAAAAGAAGAACCAAGUCGCAAUCCGAAUUCAAAGGUUUUAUCGUGAAUAUAUCUUACGAAAAAACGAAAGAAGAAUUCAAAGAGCACGUACAAUCAUUAUUGUCCAAAGUGUAGCGAGACGCUGGGCAGCCUGCAGAAAUGCAGGCUUGAUUAGAAAGUCAGUGUAUACCCAUGCCAUCACAAAAUAUCAAGCUCUCUGGAGAGGUUAUGCCGACCGAGAUCGACGCCAGAAAUCUCUUGCUGCCGAAAAGCUCCAAAGCUUAUGGAAAAAACACAUUGCCAAGAACCAAAUCAAAAAGAACAUGGCUGCAACAAAAAUCCAGGCCUCUUGGCGAGGAUUUCAAUCUUAUUCCGAUUUUGUGUUUGCCAUUGUUGAUAUCCUUGUUGUACAGAGAACGGCCCGUCAAUGGCUAGCAAGUCGAAAGACAAAUAAACUACGGGAAGAAAGAGCAGCGACAGUCCUUCAGAGUGCAUGGAGAAGAAAAAAGGCUCAGUUUAAUCUUCUCUACUCUUUGGUAAGCGUCAUCAUUGUUCAGAGUGUUGCGCGACGUUUCUUGACGAAGAACGAACUGAUUGAACGACGAAAAGUGCGUGACAAAAGCGCGUUGAUCCAACGCAAUAAAGAAGUUGCUGCAACCACUAUUCAAAAAAGUUGGCGUGGAUUUUGGGGCUUUUCCCAUUUUAUUAUUGUCAAGUAUGACGUUACUCGUAUCCAGGCAUUAGUGCGCGGAAAACUUGCCAGAGAUGAGUUCAACUUCAGAGUUGGUUGCGCAAUACUUAUUCAGGCAGUAGGAAGACGCUUUCUCGCACAAAAGAUUUUAGCGGCGAGAACAACCGCAAGGUCAGCAGCAGAUGCUGUGGGCAGUGUUAUUCUUGCUUCAAGAGCUUUUGAAUUGCGUGAACGAAAUUCCGCGAAGCAAAUUCAAUUCUGGUGGAGAAUCGUAAUGGAUUAUAUGAAGGAAAAGAAAGCUGCUCUUGUUAUCGAGAGAUUCUUCAUUUUUGUCAAAUCCGAAGUUGAACGUGAAAUUCAAGCAAUGGAGCAGGAAAGAAUUUGGAGAGAAAAGGCUAGGAAGAAGCAAAAGUCAUUGAAAGGCGACUUUGUUGACAAAAAACGGUCGAAUGCAGCCGAUACAAAUAGACCUGAAGUUGUUAAUAAGAAUGGGCGCAGCAAAAGUGCGCAGAGAUCUCGGCAACCGAAGAAGAAGUUAGCACCCAAUCAUUCCAGCUACGAAUCAUUUCAAGAUAUUCGAGACAAUGGUUUUGUAGAUACUUCACGUGAUAUGGAUCCUAUGCCAGACUUUUUGCAGCUAGCUCCAAGUGCCGACUAUACAAUGAUAUCGAAUCUCACGAAUCCAACUAUUUUGGAUCAAUACGUUGAAGAACUAAAGACCCCACGAACUCCGAAGUAUGAAGAAAAAUACAAGGAAGUCAAAGCAAGACCCAAGAACAAGAUGAGUACUGAUGAUUACAUCAAAAAAUACAGUGGGGGUCUCCAAACUGCGGCCAACAACAAAUCGAAAUCUCAAUCACAGCAUUUCUUCUGUGGUGCUGGGAACUUCAACGAUAGGAGGGGCGAGAGACAAUCAUACGAUCGAACAUUGGCAAUCAACGCGAAGACCCGUAGUAAGAUUAGCGCAUCUCGCAACGGGCGCGCUCAGAUUGGAAAACCAGUAUCACUUUCAACAGUUGGUCUGGAUAGCCUUGAUCGACGUGGGGUGAUGGUGCCAUCCACUCCUAGAAGCAGGAGCGGAUCAACAACUCCAAGAGGUGUUCUUCGAACUUGCAAGGAUGGCGUUCCUUCUCAAUUUCGCCCUCCUGUUACGCCAACGAUGAAAAAGUCGGCCGCAAUAAUCCGAGCAGGAACUGCUGAUACUGAAUGUUCAACAUUUGACAACGAAAAGAUGUCAAUUCCUUCUAGGCCAUCGCCGCCUACAAGACACUAUAGUACCCACAGUUGUGGUGGGAAGGGUGUUAUGAUAAUGAAAACCAAUCCAAACUUUAUGGAAGACAAUAAAAUUCAAGAGGCGCAUGAAGUGAUGCUUCUUGGAGACGAAUACGGUGAAGUGUAACUGAAUUUAUGUUAACUGUCUCUUCGUUAGGACGACACGCGUCCCACGUAUGCCUUGAAAAAUAGAUUACUACAGUAUAU